AUGAGCGCAUACGACACAACCACCAGCAUGCCUGUCAUCGCCGACGAAGAUAUGGAGAUGACCGAUCCAGGCGUAGGGGUUAGAGACAGCGCAAGUUUCUUCGUGGUUCUCAAGGACUACCCAGAAUACAAAGAUAUCAGGAUUAAUCCAAUGACACGCAAGAAUCGCUUCAAAAACCCCCCUACCGGCUCCAAGAAACCUUCCCCGAUUUCACCCGGUUGGAGCUCUACCAAGCCCUCUACGGACUCUACCGCCAAAGCUACAAUUGACUGGGGUGAGAUGUUUGGCGUCAAAACGCACGAGUGCGGCUCCGGCUGGGGUGAGAAAGUCGACAUCAAUCUGAACACACAUACCCCUGACCUGCAUGAGGAAGCUGAUGCUGAGGUGGGCUCUGGUUGGGGUAUGGAAGCCGACUACAAGAAGUAUCACCCCUGGGGUGAGAAGGUCGACCCUGAGCCGAAUAACCAUACCUCAGACUCACAUGAGGAAGCUGAUGCUGAAGUGGGCUCUGGGUGGGGCAUGGAAGCCGAUGCCACGACGAAAUAUCACCCCUGGGGCGAGAAGGUCGAGCUUGAGCCGAAGAACGAUGUAUCCGACUUUCAUGAGGAAGCCGAUACCGAAGUAGGCUACGACUGGGGCAAGGAGGUCCGUCUCCAUGCGGACCCAGAUGACUACGACUGGGCCGAGUUUGCUGCCGAGUUUGCUGCCGAGUUUGCUGCCGAGGCCCAGGACCUCGAAGCCGAGCUCCUCAAGAUGGCCGACGCGAAGCCUGGAUCUCCUGCUCGAAGCGUAUCUCCGUCAGGUUCGGUCGACCUUGGUCUGAGCAGCCCGCUUGCCGGUAUUCAGAACGAGCCGGACAGCCCUUCAAAUCCGCGGUCCGUCGCAGAGGAGCCGAGCAGCGUCACUCCCUCAUUGUCCGACCCUUUCCCGCCCGACUUGUCCAAGUCGUCUGAGACAGCCGAGCUGGUGGACAAGGGCGAUGAUGGCUACGCUUUGUGGCGCAAGGAGAUCCCGACGCCUGCAAUGUUCGAAGAAGCCCUGGAAAGGCUCAGACGCCAUAAGAAAGAGCUACUCCAAAUCCGAGCCAGCAAGUCCCCGAAAGCAGAAGCAUCUGAGGAGGAAUUACUCCAGAUUCUCCGAGGCACCAGAUCCCAGAAAGAGUCGUUGUUUGCGGAAACGUCCACAGCGGACGCCGACGACAGCGAGGAGCACGCCAUCUCGGCGGACGAUAAGGAGGCCGUGGACGACUUCAUCGAGCAGAUGCAGAGCCAGUCACCGGUCAAGGCCCUGACCCAGAUCAGUGACCAUGAAGGACAGCCAGCGAAUGCCGACAAAAAGAAAGAGAACGAGCAGCCCUUCGACGGCGGAUGGGACUGCACCUGGCAGGCCCUCAACUCCUUCCUGACCAUCAACCGCGCCGACUUCUCCUCCGGCAAAGCCUUCCUCAAACAAUGCGAGGUGCUCCGCCAGAAGUGUCUGAAGGGCUGGAACCUGCGCAUGACCAAGAACUUCAGCAUCUGCCAUCUGAUCCGCGCGCUGGGCUCGCACGACCCGCUCGUCGCGGCCGUGCUCCGCGACGACGGGCACUGGUCGAACGACAUCUUCGGAGCCGACGAGUGGGAGGAGCGGUACCGCGCCGAGCUGGACGCCGCGGACGAGUACUCGGUUCAGCAGCUGCGGGGGGCCUGCGGGCUGUCUGAUGGGGAUAUCAAGGCGAUUGGGUUCUCGGAUGCUGACGGACUCGAAGGUGCUGGGGAGUGUUUCGUGUACAUCCCUUGA